AUGGCACCCUCACCAUCGCUCAAAUCAUCAUCGACCACACCGCCCAUUCCCCUCGUCGGUCUUGGAGUGUUUAUCAUCCAUCCUACUCACCCGCUAUCCACCCGCGAGAAUCCUAUGUAUCUCCUCGGCGAACGUAUUAAUUCGACUGCCGCCAAUACGUGGGGUCUUCCAGGCGGACACUUAGAAUUCGGCGAAACUUUUGAAGAAGGUGCAUCCAGGGAGGUUUUGGAAGAAACCGGGCUAUAUAUUCCACCCAGAGAACUGAAGUUUUUCCGCUGUAGAAAUCUGAUAAUGAAGGAGGAGAAAAGACAUUUCGUGUCAAUCUUCAUGGUAGGAGUUUGGGAUGGGAAGGGGGAAGGACCAAAAGUGACGGAGAAGGAAAAGUGUAGAGGGUGGGAGUGGGUGAGUUGGGAAGAAACGAAAAAGUGGGUUGAGCUGGAGAAUCCUGGAAGGAAGCUAUUUCCAGGGAUGGGGAGCUUGAUUAGAGAACUGAACGGUGUGGCUCCUUCAUUGUGA